AUUAGAAGCUCUUUGAGAAAUGCAUUUGGCCCCUCCUCUGGAACUGUAUGCCUAUCUGGACUACUUAUUUGUGUUGUUCGUAUGGUGCGGGCUGCUGUUGAUAGUGCAAGACAAGAGGAUAUUCCUGGGAUGGUGAACCUUAUGUUGCGGUGUUGUGUUAAUGCAUUACUGUCAGCAGUAGAUUUUCUUAACAAGUUCACAAUCAACUUUGCGGCAAUAACUGGUGAAGCCUACUGUACCUCUGCAAGAAUGACAUAUGAGCUCUUAAAACGCAAUCUUCUCUCUGCCGUUUUCGUGGAGACUGUCUCAUCUCGUUUGUUGGCUGGAAUUGCCUUUGUCCUCUCAGCAAUAUAUGCAAUUGUGGUUUGUGCCAUCUUGAAGGGCGUGAGCAAUCUUGGGGUUGACUCAUACUUUGUAGCUGUUCUUGCAUGGGUGCUUUUGAUAGUGGUGCUGGGCUUCUUUAUCCAUGUGCUAGACAACGUGAUCGACACUGUUUACAUAUGCUACGCUAUAGAUAGAGAUAGAGACGAGGUUUGUAAACAAGAAGUUCAUGAGGUUUACGUUCACCUACCCAUCAGUAGAAGCCACAGAUCGCCUAUUGUUCCUGGAACUCCCGAUGUAUAAUAAAAAUCCUUGACCCAUAAUGUUUUGCUUUUGUUUGUCAUUUGUUAUUUUGUAUGUUACUGCCAGUUGACGAGUUGUGCAUACCUUCAAUUAAUGCAUUUGUACAUUUUGAGGCUUGUUCAAUAAA